CCGCCCUGUGUACACACUCGCUCGCACAGUGAUGCUCCGAUGAACGGCAAUGGGAGCGGGGGCGAGGUGAUUGGCCCGGCGUGCAUACAAACUGUGCCUCACCACACCUCACAACCACAUCAUCCAGCAUCACCGAGGAUCAAUACGACUGUGUUUCUGGCUGCGUGCCUCGGCUUCUUAUUGCUCCUCAUUACCUCUGCUGAGAUUGCCACAACCCCUGGGGAUUUUCGAACAUUCUCAUCCGAGAGCUCUCGUAUUUCCAUCAACGCCUUCACUGUGAUCCAGUUCCAAAUCUACCCGAACAAACCCCCGCAAUGUCUACCUCAGGAACCAUGCGCGCCGUUGUCUUCAACGGACCGCAAUCUGUAUCCGUCGAGCAACGCCCCAUCCCUACCGUCCAAGACGAUGGCGACGUAAUUGUCAAGGUGCAGGCAACGGCUCUGUGCGGCUCAGAACUGCAUGUUUUCCGCGGCCACCAGCCAUCCGAGACAGGCUUCAUCAUGGGCCAUGAGUUCACCGGUACGGUUGUUGAAAAAGGCGCCGCUGUGACCUCCUUGAACAUUGGUGACAGGGUUGUCUCUCCCUUCACCUCGUCGUGCAUGAAAUGCUUCUAUUGCAAGAACGGGUACACAUCCCGUUGCGCUCGUAGCAAGCUCUUUGGCUGCGGUGCGCUGGAUGGCGGUCAGGCCGAAUACGUGCGUAUCCCUGAUGCCGACGGAACCGCUAUGAAGGCUCCAACCACCAUCUCCGACAAUGCUCUGGUUCUCAUGGCCGAUAUCUUCCCAACCGGCUUCUUCGGCGCCAAAUCUGGCUUCAACUUGCUCAAGGAAGAAGAGAGAUCGAAUGCCACUGCGGUUGUCAUUGGUUGCGGACCCGUCGGCCUGUGUGCCGUGAUUUCGGCGCUCGAGUACCGUCCCAAGCAUCUUUUUGCCAUUGACAGCGUAGACAGUCGCCUAGAGCUUGCUAGAAGCCUUGGAGCCGAGCCCUUGAACUUCAAGACUGAUCGUGCAGGCAUGGAGAAGCGGAUCAAGGAGGUGACUGAUGGCCGCGGAGCUGAUGUCGUUAUUGAGGUUGUCGGUCUAAGCCCAGCUCUUAGAACUGCCUUCGACAUCAUCAGGCCAUUUGGUGUCAUUGCUAGCAUUGGUGUCCAUAAUGGCGAGAUUCCAUGGACCGGUACCGAAGCGUAUGGCAAGAACCUAAGGCUGCAGAUGGGUCGAUGUCCUGUCCGAGCCAUCUUCCCCGAGGCUCUCGCCCUUUUGGAGAAGAAGCAGGACAAACUUGGGUUUAUGUUCGACCGCAUUAUGCCGUUGAGCGAGGCGGUUGAGGGAUAUGCAUUGUUCGAUCAGAUGAAGGUCCAAAAGGUUAUCUUCACUCCUUGAUUGAAAGCACAAAACUCGUAGUGAGAAGAUGUCGCCUCCGUACUCAGCAUGAUAGCAGGAGCAGUAUGGAGUUUGCGGUUGCGGUGAUGGAAUGUUGAGAUAGAUAUAGGAUCAAUGCCUUAAUUCUGUCUUGGCUUGACAAUACCGUCGUGAAUGAGGUAAUAAGACACGGUCGAAUCGUCGUGGACCACGGCAAGGAGUAGUCUCUUUUGACGAUCUGUGCCACGCCAAUCCCGCUUCUGAGGUCCAUCGAUGGUGCUUGCUGGAUCGAGUUCUCGUGGCAGAGUGUCGAUGGAGUCAAAAAUUGUAGCAAAAGAACUCAGAGUCCAUUGUUCGCUUAGAUGCACUGGGAGAACCCACUCAUACUCGGGGGCCUGGCUUGAGCGCUUGCCGGCGGUCUGUUCCAUUUCCAAGGCCUCAAUUUGUUCGUCAGGGUGCAUGUACAGCCUGUUAGGCGGGAGGCCGGUGAUGAUGGGACGCUGUCGGCUUUUCCCGUCACUCCGAACCUCGACAUCAAUCCAGUCAUGUUGAUCUCGCAGGUUGCCCAGGACCAGAUCGGUAAGGUUGGUUAGAUGUUCUGCGGCCAUUGCGCCUGAUCCAAUCUUAAUGGGGUGUUGAAGAAACGGAGUUACUAGGGCGUAAUAUAUGUUUGAGAAGACCAAAGUCACCGAGGAAAUUGUUGCGGUUGUCGUUGAAGAGUUCUCAAGGUUCUCAAGACAAGUGGCCCCAAUAAGACCGUCGGUAUGCCAAUCAGAUGUGCUCCUUGGCCAACGAUUUGCUGCGUCAUCGAUAUAUGCAUAACUCCCUAUUAAACGAUACUGUCAUGCAUGUAUAGAGGCUUCCGCUUACGAGUCGCCCGCUGAAUCCAGGUAGAGCUCAGCGAGUUUACCUAGUCGGUACCUUCAGGCCCUCCGUAGCGUUUGGCCCCAAUGGGUGCCUACCUACAGGCUACACCUGCCUUACCUUAUCUUACCGAUGUAAAGUAAUCACACAGUUUGGCCUGUGGUUGCAGGCGGAGCAGAUGAGAAAAGUUGUUGUCCUGGUAUAUUUACUCCGUACGGGUACUCCUAGGUAUGUUAUUAGUCUAGCGCAC